AUGGACAAUGGCCGAUCUCGAUCGCUUCUUCACGAUAGAAAAAGCUCUAAAUCUCGAGGUUAUUCGACUUUCGAUCCUGGAGGAUCAAUUGACAGAGAAAUUCUAGCCAGCGAAGAUCUCGAGAGAAGUUCUAAGAGGAACAAUCCAAGGGCUACAACUAUUGAAGAAGAAAGGGAAAGUCUUUCAAUUUCAUGGGAAAACAUCGAUGUAUUUGUUGAGCAACCCGGGCCAUCUUUCUUGAAACGUUUGUGUUUUGGAACAGGAGACAACGAGAGACCGACUACUAAACAAAUUCUUUUUAAUGGUGAGUGAUUUUUUUAGCCGGUUAUUAGCUUAUGCCCUUAUAUCAAUCGUUCCAAAGAAGAUUGAACAAAUGUUAUUCAAAUGUCAAAUUUAAUUUACCUCAGAGCGAUUUUUCCACUUGCGCACGCUUCAUCUUUAUUGAAACUGAGAUAAAUUGAGCUUGCUUUUCAAAAUGUGCCAUAUAAUGAAGAAUUUGUAUUUUUUUGCUUAGCUCUAGAGAAAAGUUAUAAACGUGACUUGAGCACAUAAGCUUUGUUUGGCUUAAUCACAUGGCCCCGAUUGUUCGAAGGGGAAAUAACGCUAUCCACUCUAUCUCUAUCCAGUGUAUAGUGCAGUACAUUUCGUUAGCGUUAUCCGUUGGAUAGUGUUAUCUCCGAACAAUUGGGACUUGACAGAUAAGCGUUAAGCGCUAGUUUGUCUGCGUAAAACUUAUCCCAAUAAAACUUUAACGAGCGACAAAUUGAUCCUCUCCGGAAAACUAAUUUAAAUUUAUUUCACACAAAGAAUUUUGAAAAAUGAAAGCUUCAAUGAGGAACUGACCUAUGCCUCUUAGAUGUUUGAUUGAUUACGAAAUAAGCUGUGAAAACACAUGCUAUACUGUGGUAGUACAGUUUUGAUGUGCGGGAAGGAGACUAAAAACAAGUAAAUCUUUUUCAUAGGAAAUUGUUUCGUACAUGCAUAACGCCAAAUUUUAAGGAAUAGCAAUAGAUUCAAUCAUAUUUUUUGAGUGAAAGGCUCACAAGAGACUGAAGGCUCCGUGAAAAAGUUCUUUUUCGAACGUGAGUCUCAUUAGAAGAUCGCUCUUAUUAUUUUUAAAUGUGUUUCAGGCGCAACUGAGAUGUAUGCCCCUUGCGGAUUUGAAUUGUUUUUGAGUAGUCUAGUAAUUCUUAGAAAUAUUGGGUUCCUUAGGAAGUUGACACUUUCCGGGUAUUAUUGCGGAAAUCACGUAAUUUUGCGGAUUAAUAUUUUUAAGUCAAGGCCAGCGACGAAAGUGAAAAAAGAUAUUUCACUUAUUUGAAGUUUCUUUUUUUCUGCCGAUUUUUGGUAACCGACUUUUGAUUGUUCUACUUUGCAGUGAGCGGCAAUGUCGAAGCUGGUACUUUGUUAGCUGUUAUGGGAUCAAGGUAAUAAAAAAGGUUAUUGACUUGGUAAUUAAUGUAGAUCCAUAGUUUUAAAACGUGACCAGUGUCACCAAUCAGGUGUGAACACCUCAAAUGGAUCAAUCAAUUAAUUGUCAAUGGAGUUGAUUUUAACAGGCGUGUCAGUAUGUCAAACAAACAUUGGAUCACCCAAAUUUGUUGUCAUGGUAUUGAGGGCCCAAUGACCUCUUGGGUACUUUUUUUGCGCAUAUUUUUUUUCAUUUUUCGUGGUUCGGACCGAAAAAAAAAAAAAAACCGUGGAAAAACCCAAGGCGUGUAACGAAUGUGACUGGGACCUAUUUACAAAUUGUCCCAGUAAUUAACGGUGGCGACAAGUAGGCGCACUAUGUAUAUUUCAUAUUCGCUAUCAAGCAAAUUUUGCCGGACUUCGAGUUUAUCUCAAGAUGGAACAACACAAAUACACAAGGAAAUUUUUACAGUAACUUUAUAACCAUCCUUUGGUCUUUAAAGAGCUUGAAGCUCAGUAGAUUUGGUCAUAUCGGUCAUUGUUAAAACUGUCUUUGUUUUGAUGCUACUUUUCGACAUAGGAAAAGUAUGUCGGACAAAAAUAUUCACCAAAAAAUAGAUAUUUCUUUGCCAGCUUCAAUAACGACAGAGGGUUAAGUUUAGAUGAUAAAACAAAGGAUUAUGUUCACAGAAAAACCGUAGGUCUAGUACAGUCGUUACAUGAGGUCACACAACCCGGGUAAUAUUCACGGUGAAAAUUUGCAUAUUUGAGCGGUCGAACGAAAAAGUCAUUUCUCGAAAACUAAAAUAUAUUUUCACAAAAAAACUACGCCACAAUUAUUAGAACAUAUUGGGCUACAAAAUAUGAAAGUAGGAGAGAAAAGAAUUUUGGGCGACUUGCCACAAUAUUUCAAAUUUGUUCGAUGGAUGCUGACAUCCUCUCUUAAGCGGGGAGCAUGUGACAGUAGUGAAACUGAUGACCCUGAGUCCUUCUGUAAGAAGAAGCUUAAAAUAUAAAAAUGAAUGAUGAUCUAUACUUGAAAUAUUACAUACUGCAAAAUGAAAUCAUAAAAAUAACUAUAGGUUAGUAAUCGGAAUCGUGCCUAAAGUGUUAGUUUCUUUCUGUCUUUCUAAAGGGGUGUUUAUCAAUCGCUUUUUGAAACUUUUUGUGUCCUUAGAGAUUUUGAGCUCUUUAUUUAGGCUAUACCAGCUUGUGUUUAAUCGAUCUAUAACCGGGAAUGAUCGCCUCCCUUCAGUAGAAUUGUUGUAGCGGCAGCGUAGGUUUAAUUUGCCAAAGCGUGUACUUCUGGAGAGAAAAUCAGAAUUUUAUUGAAGCAUAUACUUCAGGUGUUCAAGUGUUUUUCCAAGCGUUCUUUUGAGAGUUAUUGAGCAUCUGUUGAUGUGUGCGUCUUGAUAUAGACGAGAAGCCAGUUUGACGUGCCGGGAACAAAAGCAGUGAGCGUGAGCGUGAGCGUGGUCCCACGCCCAAGAUGAUCCUUGCAGCUCUUUUGCUGUAGUCUAAAAAUGAUGUUUAGGUUUUGAUUAGAUGUUGAUGUCCAAAUGGCCAUAAAGGAGAGCUGUUUUGAUGAUAGUAUUGCAGUACAUUUUCUUAUGGUUUCUCUCAUGGACUGAUAUGUUUCAACAGACCAAUUCUAUUUAUCACCUUGUUAGCUAGAGCAUUACAGUGACUUUCGAAAGUUUAGUCAUCAUCAAUCUCUACCCCGUGGAAUUUGUGUGAUCUAACUCUUUAUAUGAUCUUUCAAUCUGUGAGUCGCUCAAGGCAAUGGUCAAAUCAUUAUCUUGAUGUUGGUCUUGAAUCAUGCGUUUUCUGAAUCGCUUACCGAUGAUAAGCAUAGAUUUUGUUUCCUUUUUAUAAUCACGAUUUUGUUCAUAAUCGCUUAACGCUGAAUGUUAUCUAAGUCCCCUUGAAUGUCAGUGGCAAUGCAAUCACAAGUCAUAUCAUGGAGAAAAUCAAAACAACGAAAAGCAUCAGGUGUUCUAUAAAUUUUCCUUGUCAGCCAUUUUUUUUUUGGCAUUCGUAUGGACCUCAACCUUCAGGGGAUUUGCAUUUUUUUGAAAAAACGCCCUAAAAAAAAAAUCAGUCACUGAAUCCCCUCCCUACCCUUCCCUCCUUCCCACCUUCCCCCUUACCCUUAAGAACAAAUCGUGGUCAGCGGCUAAUAUGUCAAAACCUUCCGAUAGUCAAAGUUAUUACACGUUUCUUUUCCAAAUAUAGCGGAGCUGGGAAGUCCACCUUGAUGAAUGUAUUAGCUCAUCGUAACAUCGGCCAGAUGGAAGUGAGGGGGACUGUAGAAGUCAACGACCGCCCAAUUGGAGCCGAAAUCAACACCAAGUCUGCUUACAUUCAACAAGAGGAUAUCUUCAUUGGAUCUCUGACUGUCCGAGAACAUUUGACGUUUCAGGUAGAUUGCUUAUGUUAUUUGUUUACGAGCAGGCUUGCCUGAAUAACAGACUGAUUGCCUGACUAAUAAAGGGCGGGUAAGUUUCUAAUGAAACAGUGGCGCAGCAUUAAUGAGGGAUAUUACAGGGUGAUUUAGUUUUAUCAGCUUAGUCGAUAAUGUAACUUCUAAAGCUGACGUUCUGAACAUUAGCCCCUCUACAGAGCGACUGACUGAAUUUUUGACCGAAUGACUGAGCGGCUCACUCUGAUUUUGGCAACUGACAUAUUGCCUAACGAACUGACUGAGUGAAUGACUUCGGACGAACGAGAAAAAAAAAAAAAACGGACGCAUGGGACAAAACACUAUGCAAUACUGGCCAGCUUUUAUUCAGAGAUUUCUUUUUUAUGCCAUCCCUCCACGCUUUUAAAAAACAGAUUAUAACGAACUAAGUAAAUAAAGAAAAAAACAAUUUAAACGAGGAUUGUGGUGAAGAACUUGCAGCAUUUCAAGUAAUUUGUUCUCAUCGAUCUUUUCAGGCCUUUUUGCGCAUGGAAAAGUACAUUCCUAAAGAGCAGCGGAUUGAACGUGUCGAGGAAGUGAUACUUCAGGUAUGGCGCAUCUGAAAUGAGUAAGAAUGAAGCGCGUUUUAAAAUAAUUGUUGAAUUCGGAUUGAAUUUAAAUCUGUUUCUUCAAAGCUUGGGCUAUCAAAGUGCGCUGAUACUUACAUAGGAAUUCCGGGACGGCUACGAGGGAUCUCGGGAGGAGAAAAGAAAAGACUGUCAUUCGCCUCGGAGGUAGGUACUCUGGCCGAAGUUCCCAUACUGUCGGAAAUUACAGCUGCUUUUUAAAGUAUAAAUAAGUGUGUUCUCUCUCUCUUUGUACCUGUUAUGCAAGUAAAUCACAGGUACAGUAAAGGUAAUUCCUCUCCUUCCUUCCCCUCUUGCAUAUCACCAAUACCCAUAUAUACUCUUGGAUAAAUUGAGCCCUUGUGGGCGGAAAGUGGCUCUCCUCAAUACAACAUCAUAACAAUUCGGCCAGAGCUAAAAGCCGAAACCAAUCCCGAUUCCCAACACGAACCCAAAAGGUGUGAAACAUCCCCUUUGCAAGCUGAAAAGUAAAAAAAAACUCACUUUUUCAACAGAUUAUAACAGACCCUCCAUUGCUGUUUGCUGAUGAACCCACCUCAGGGCUUGAUUCAUUCCUGGCCCAGAGUCUGAUAACAGCUUUGCAGCAGCUUGCAGCUCAGGGAAGGACAAUUAUCUGCACAAUUCAUCAACCAUCCUCUGAAGUUUACGCCAUGUUUGACAGGUAGUCAAUGACCUUUUUGACGUAUUGAUACCACUUGCACAAAAGCACCAUCUGAAUACCUAUAAAAACUGAUAUGGGUUGAAAUCAUGUGUUGGUAGAAUGGACACCAUAACCACAUCAUGAAUGACAAAAAAAGAGACGAAAGAGUUGAAGAAAUCGCGAACCUUUUUCUCCGCCGAAUAAUUUUUCUCCACCAGAUAACAAGCACUUUUUAGUCCGCAGAGAAAGAAUGUUACGUAGCCGCAACUAUAAUUAAAUUUUUCCUCAUUUCAGGACUGAACGUUAUGUGAGAACGUUUAUCAAUAUGUACUUAUUUGGACUUUAUUAUCACAACAGUUCCUGUCAAGUUUUCCUUUUUUGUAAACCUUGUGCGUUUGUUGCAGGUAGUGCUUUUGUAUCAUGAAGUAAGACAAUGUCAGCAGCCAAGUUAGAGGCCAUAAAUAUCUGUUCUUACGAUGAUUAAUCAAGAAAGUUCUUUUUCUUUUUUUUUUUAUUAGUAUCUUGCUGUUGGCAGAAGGAAGAACAGCUUACAUGGGCUCAAGAGCUGACGUGAUCCAGUAUUUUGAAGGGUAAGUUUUCCUUAAAAAUAAAGAAAUGUCACUGAAAAGAUGCAUUUUCAUCAUAGAUUUCUUUGUUACCGCUGCACUGGAUUUCAUGAUGAUCAGGAGGCAAUUACAUGAAGGUUUUUCUUUCUUGAGCAGUGCUGAUGGACAGUCUUGAUCAGCCCCUUGUUCAAAGACUGACCUUACUGAUUUUUGUAAGAAUGAGGGCUAAAACUUUUCAAGUUGGUUGGUGUUCAUGAAUACUAACUCGUCAUUAUCGCGAAAAGAACUUCUAUUUCUGAUUCAUAUGAUACUGCUUGGUUUAAACGCGUCAUGUGACCGAAUAUGCACACUAUGAACGCGCCAAAUUUAGGAUCAUUGACAAUCAGGUAUUAAGCUCGACAUAUCUAUUGGUCAUCACGUAUAGAAAUCGAGAGCGAAUAAUCAAAUUGCUUUAAUAUAAAUCUACCUGUCUUUUAAAACUUAGCUACAAGCCAGAGGUUCCUGUUUUUGUGUGUUUACAAUCACACAAUAUUUAAUUUGUGAUAAUUGCAAUUAGGAUUAAUUACUAUUGUUCAGGCACGUUUAUUAGCCGUUGUCUUCUGGUGUAUAUCAUGUUGUUCAUGGGAUACCCUUAAAAAACCCCGAAGGUGCCACCAGUGCCUUGGUUGGGGGUACACGUUCCCCGUUUCUUUUUCCCAGCUGCUGGUUUUCAGGGGUUUUCGUGUCCAGUUUUGGUGCAUUUAGUUUCCUUCAAUCGUAUUAAACAUUUUUAAGCACGUUGGUGUUGAAUAAACGGCACGGCUGCUUGGCUGGCCAACGCGCCCAGAUGUCAACACUUUGUGCACCCGUUUGAAUUGUGGAUGCAAAUUGUUUGGUUACUCAUUUUGCUUACUAUUUACUACGGAAUAGAUAGCGAGUGGAUUAGCCAAUCAGAUUGCAGCAUUUGCAAGUAAACGCGAGUAGAUUUAUACUAAUCAGCUUUACAACUAUCAGGUUCAUAUCUUUUUUUGUUAUCACCAACAUAACGGUGUUGUUUUAUUUGUACAGUUUGGGUUAUCCUUGUCCAAUCAAUUUUAAUCCUGCUGAUCACUUCAUUCACACGCUCGCCAUCGUGCCUGGUGAUGAGGAAAACUGUCUCACCAGGGUCAAGGUUAGAGAACAUAGUCUUUUCCUUUACUUCUAAUAGUUAGAUAUGACGAAUUUAGAGUGAAGGUUUGAAUUUGUGCAAAAACCCAAAAUGGUGCACCCGCCACCUUGCGACGUCUUUUGGCGAGAACAAAGGCUAGUAUACUUAUAAUCUCAUUUAUGGAUCACUUAAACAUCUCACUGUCUCCCAGAUUCAUUAGUAAUUCUCCUUACUGUCUGCCAUACAAUUCUUAUGAUAUUAAUUUAGAGAAUUUGGUAUUGGAUCAACUAAUAAUCCCCUAAUUGAUAUUUUUCUUUAUUCUCAUCACUUGUUCGCUUUAUGAUGUGAUGAUACUGUAAGGAGAAAUUCUGUCCUGGUCACUCGUAAGAGUUAAAGGGUUAAAAGCAUCCACAAAUUACAAUUCUGCAUUGACAUAGGAAAGGGUUAGGGGACUCAAUCAUUUGUUAGUCUUACACAAUUCUUUUUGUUGCAUUUUUUUCUUUGUUUUUCUUUUUGUUGUUUUUCAACAAAAAGAACGUUCCUUUUUCAUUCACAAAAUAUCUCCUAUUGAACAUUUAUUACAAUACAUUCGUGUUUACCAAUUUUGAAUGUUGUUCAGGUAAUCUGCGAUGCGUACAGGGAAAAUAACACUGACUCAAUUUCUUCAGAAUCCUUGGGAAAACAAGUAAGUGCAACAAAAUAGAAAAUUGACAAUCAAUUAGUUAAAUAAUAAAUAACAUCUACUGAUAAAAAAAGAGACUCGUUAUUACUUUUCAGUCGGCACACGAACCUUUCAUCCAGAUUAUUUCGUGACCCUUACAGCCACAUUCACUACCGUAAAAAAAAUACAGUGUUUAAAGACCAAAAACAUCACCACAAAAUACAGGAGAGUAUUGUUUCUGUAAUAUAUGUAUUGCAAUGCUCUACCAGGCCAAAUAUGGUCAACAUGGCAAAUCAAUUUUCCCAGUCUUCUUACAUGACUGGCGUUGCUUCAUUUGUGACUUGAAAUGGCAUGUUCUUUUUUUAGGAUUCUUUCAAAGAUGAAGUUUACACACGUUCACCGUAAGAUUUCUCUCUACGUUUAACUAUCUAAUAUUCACUGGCACGAUUACAGCUUUUAGACCCAUUAUCUUUCCUCAUACUGAUGUUACCGAUGUGUAGAAGAGGUGGGAGGGGGUAUCCCUGGUUGCUCGCUGGCUCCCUUUUAAUUAUCAAAGAGUUUAGUAAGUACUCAUAAUGACAAUAUGACCUGUAUAGAAAACAUCUUUUGGUUUCAGAUUUCAAACUACAAUUUUUCUCUUUCUCCUCCCCCCCCCCCUCCACUUUGUAGUCUGACGUGGAGAUUUGUCGCGUACUUUUGACGGAGUCGACAUAGUUGUUUUUAAGCUCUCGUUUAGGCAGAUUUGUUAUCCCAUUUUUUGGAAUUUUAAGAAGUUCCAGAUUAUUUAUUUCAGCCAAAUGUUGUGGUUCAUUUAACAAGUUUAAUACAUAUUCUCUACGGAGUUUCUAUUUUCUACUAGCCUCUAUUUUCGUGAUGGGUUUUUACAACCUUUUUAAAUUAAAAAAACUUACGCCCUUGUGACUUCUUAUAAAUCAGCUAAAGCACCUUUGUACAUUAAAUUACGAAUUCUGUCAGAGCCCUCUUUCACAUACACUCGUAAUAUCGUAGGCAGCCGUUGUUUGAAAGCUUUCUUUCGUGGCGAGAACAACGAACGGUUAAAAACUAGAGGUAACGUGACACAAAUUUUCGUCUAAUCUGCAGUAAAAUGAAUUCCACGCGCUGAAUUCAGUAUUUUUUGGGGCUUACACGUGCACACUGUUAGAAAAUCAUCGCUUGAGUCUUAGGUCAUAUGUUGCUUUAUUUCCCAUAUAGGUACAAAGCAUCUUGGUGUCAGCAAUUUCGCUCUGUAUUUUGGAGAUCCUGGUUAACCAAUAAUAGAGAUGUCAUGAUUUUUAGAAUCAGACUUUACCAAAGUAUAGUAAGUAACGUUGACUGAUGUUGAAGUCCUAAAUGUAAUAACUGUCCUAAAUGUAAUAAAGUCCUAAAUGUAAUAACAUUUGGUCCUAAAUGUAAUAAAGCCCUAAAUGUAAUAACGUUCGGUCCUAAAUGUAAUAAGCCUCCUAUGCAAUCGUUUAACUGCGCUAACAUUGAGAUGUUAAAGUGACAGCUGUUGCACCAAAGAAUCCUCUGACCAAUAUUUAUGGAAUAUUGCGGGCUCACUGAUAUUAAUCAGCGGCUUUUUAUUUGUUAAAGACGUAGGUUGAGAAGCAUUGGCUACAAAACCUCAUUCUAAUACUGAUGUGCUUUUGGCAUCAAAUUGACGGACGCAGAAGCAACGAGAACGUUGACUAAUAGCUCUCUCUAUAUCAUUGGCUCAGACUCUUAAGUGUAACAGAUUUUGACGAAAUACUUCUGUCCUCAGUGCUGAAGUUAACACUUGAUGAACCAAAUUACAAGGAAAAAGAAGUUCACCGACUUACACGUUAGACAAGUUCUGGGCUCAGAAGGGCAUUUUUGUACUGUCUUCCCUUGCCAGAUUUUUGUACGGGUUUGCAUAAACUAUAUUCAUAUGCGUUAUUGACCGAACGUGAGGUCAAAAUGGCUAUAUAUUGGCCGAGUUCUUUUUUUUUUUGCGUUUUUUAUGGACUGAGACGAAGUCACGGUCCAUAAAAAAAGUAGAAAAAGAACGAGGCUAAUAUCCAGUAAUCUUGACCAUACAAGAGAGUUUAUAUUCUCUUGGCUUAAUCAUUAAAGGAUUCAUUGUAUAGCAAAAGAUUUCGCUUUGAUAAGAAUCAAGAAUGGCCUGUUUAUUUCGAGAGCCGAUAGUGAAAGCCAACUGUGUUUGCAGCACAAUAAACCCAGGAGGGUCGUUUAUUUUUUCUAUGUAUAUAUGAAAACAUUGUCCAAAAGUUACGAACUUUGUAAGUUUUCUUGCGUGGGAUCAAUACGGGGGAUCCCGAACGGGCGAGGGUGGGCCCAUCAUGCCCGCUCAGGUAGCCAAUCAGAACACAGGAUUUACUUCAUCUUGCCCGCGUGCGCUGCUAGCUAUAUGAUAAUGUGACUUGCAGAGCAAGAUAUCGACUGACCAAUGAUAUGUUAUCCCAUUUCACGAUCACAGGUCUCGACAUGUUGCCUUUUUUCCACGCAAGAGUCAAAUUGAACCAUUAAGUUACACCAUUAAAUACAUGAUGGUCAGUUGGCGGUCUAAUGAACCAUUCAUUUUUUUCCUAUAGCCCCUUAUGACGGGUUCAUCAGUUCCCGAACCGAAAUAUUAGGAAAACAUACAUUUUAAAGUUGAUCUCAAGUUUAUAUUUCAUUUUUUGUCUUCACCUCUUGUCCCCGCCGUGAGUGGAGAAAAUGAAUAGAUAAAUAGAUGAAUGAAAAAAGAAAGCUCAACAGUUUCCACUUAUAGUCAUAUGAUACAUGAACUGAUUACUGAGGUGGAGUAAAGCCAUAGAGGGCUGGAAAUGCAACACCCCAGGUUCAAAAUUGAAUAAAUCAGGAUAGUCAUUCUUAAAAAUGAACUCAAAUGCUUCAUUAGAAUCAAUUGACACUGAAUAACAUUGAUGUGCAAAAUUUUAAUAACGCUACUGAUAAUAAUAAUUUUCUUUUGGAUUAACAUGUGACACAGUGAAAUCAUUCAAACUGCCCUAAAAUGGUGCAUCACUUCUAAAGACUUUAACACGAACGAUAACAUCAACAAUAGCAUGCUAGUUCAUCAUCAAUUGUGGUAAAUUUCUUUUCCAAAAAGUCUUAAUGGUUACAUACCAAUCGAUUCCAUCCUAUUGAGCUUCCAGCCAAGCACUAGCCCACUUUGGGCUGGAAAUGAUUUUCUUCAACUCGAUCAAUAAACCGCUAUAAGGACCAUACUUCGACUGCUGAUAUUUCUUGUGUCUAGCAAGUAAAAAGACGCUGAUUCAUAUCAGCGGGCCCAUAAUGUGACAUGUAUACUGGUCAGCGGUUUUUUUGGAGCAACAGCUGUCACUAACAUAUCAAUGUGGAUGUCCGCCAUAACAACAAUGCACUGCAUGAGUUAAACGAUUGCAUUUGAGGCUUAUUACAUUUAGGACUAAAUGUUGUUACAUUUAGGACUUUAUUACAUUUAGGACCAAAUGUUAUUACAUUUAGGACUUUAUUACAUUUAGGACAGUUAUUACAUUUAGGACUUCAACAACUGACGACUAACUUAUGGUUGGGUGCAUUUAAAGCAAUUCCGAGAGAUGAGGUCUGAAAACAGAUUUAAGGCUCUGUAUGUUCCCAUAUGCAAUUGCUUUAAUUGCAGUUUACGUGCUUAUUAAGUGCCCCUUGUACAUUCAAGAGCCAUGAUUUAAUAUUCAUAAAGUAAUUCGAGAAAAAAAGAGAGUGACAAGUUUAAAAAAAAAUCUGCGAAGUUGUCUUAUUUUAUUUUGAAAAUGGCGUUUAAGUUGUAUUGCAACUCAUCAUCCUGCAUGCUUGAUUGCACGACCUGAUGAUCCUGAAGUUUACAAGGGUUAUGGUGCCAUUUUUGCUUUAACUGGCAUCCUGAAUUAAGACCAUUUUUAUAAUAACAGUAGUUUAAGCAUCAAAAUGGCAGCGUAAUAUGUUUGUUCAAGAAUAUAAAAGUUUAGAGCACUUUUAUUGACAUCGGAAGGUAGAAAUAAAAUGACUACCGUGCCGUGCAAAUUUUAUGACUAAAUAGAUUAAUGGAAAGUUUUAUUAAUAAUUUAGCUCAAAAUGAUAGGCUUGUUCUAUUAAUCAUUGCACAUGGGCAGUCUCAGGAAAAACAUUUAACAAGGAUACUGUUUUUUGAUUUAGUUUCACUGAGAACAAUCUUUUCUAUUAAAAUCAAAGCUUGAUGACUAAGUAAAUUUAUAUUGUGAAAUGAUCUGCUUUGUUAUAAUUUCUUUCUGUUUUCUGUGUGUAUCUUUUCUCUUUUUUUUUCUUUGUUUAGUUCGUAGGUCUUUUAGCAGGGAUUAUCUACUUCCGGACCAAGAUUAAUCAAUCUGGUAUCAUCAACAUCGCUGGAGCGAUUUUCUUUCUGAUAACAUCCACGACGUUUAAUAACAUGGGAUCAGUUAUCUUUGUGAGUAUUCGGGCCUUCAUCAUAUUAGGUUAAAGAAACUACUAUCACGGUUGUACAUCUGGGCAAUCUCAUCUCGAUUUCAUCAUCUCGAGCAUCUCUAUGUUAUUUUACUGCCUACACUAGCUUGUUAUAUAUAUCUCUCUAAUCUUUUCAGGAAAGCUAAUCGUUACAAAAGCAAUUGGCUUUUAUGUACAAUUGGUUCCUUGUUUCUUUUCAGACGUUCCCGCAAGAGCUUUCUGUGUUCUUACGGGAACACCAUAACGGCAUGUACCGUUCGGAUGUUUACUUCUUGUGCAAGACCACUGCUGAGGUAAGGAUGAAUAAGGACUCAAAAGGUAAAAGAGAUAAAGACUACAUUCGCGAUUUUUGAUUGGAUGAAACACUUUCCUCACGUCUGAGAAAGUGUUUCCGUGAUUGUGACUGGAUGAAGAAAUGUCCUUAUGUUUUUUUUUACAUGCGAUGGGUUCCAUCCAAAACUCUCUGUAAGUAUUAAAAAAGAAAAAAUUUUCAGUAAAAGCCCCUGCUGAAACGAUAAAAAAAGCAUUUUCCUUUGUCGCCAAAGGAAAAAGACUUUUGCUUUUGAGAAUACCUUUGCCAUCACGGCAACAGACAAAAACAAGAUCAAAUCAAGAAACUAACCGUUCAGUUUGUAAUCAUCUUGUACUCACCAACUUUUAUUUAUCUUUAGGCGCCUUUAUUUUUACUUAAUCCUCUCUUCUUGAUGGCCAUCGCGUACUGGAUGAUAGGUGAGUGAACUUAGGACACGAAUGAAAAUUUAUGUAGGUGAAUAACACAAACGUCCACCAAACAUUUUUCCAAGUUUCUCUUGUCUCUCGGCCAAAUGAUUUAAUAACAUGACCUACUGUAGCAUCACUUUUUAUGGUAACUGUUCUUCAUUUGGUUUUUAUUUUGUUUUUUUUUUUCUCAGGUUUGCGUCAACAAAUACUUAGGUUUCUCUACGCGUACGGAAUCCUGGCCUUGAUCAGUAUGGUGGCUGUAUCUUAUGGUUUGUGGUCACUCGUUUCCUUGCGUGUACGAAAGGACAAGUUUUGUUUACAUGUCCUUCUCUAGAGCAUCAGUGAAACUCGAAGAUUGACAUCCAAGGAUACCAGAAUCUUUAAUCGCAUAGCUCGUUUCAGGUUUAAGGUUGCUUUCUCGAAUACUAGUGUGUUUGAAGAGCCCUUGAUACAAGCACAGUUCAUUCCAAACAGUACGACGAGCGGAUAUUUCGUCCACCAAUCCCAAUAUGGACAGAGGAUUAUUAUCUGUUUCAUCAGCUACACUGUUAGCCAACUUUAUAAUUUUUUGUGUUCUAGGUUACAUGAUUUCCACACUUUCCCCGACAGUAGCGACGGCCUCGUCUAUCAGUGCACCCUUACUUCUUCCGCUGUUGUUACUAGGAGGCUUCUACGUAAAAAACACGUAAGUGGCGAUGGUAAUUGAAACCUAACUCAGUGCAGAAUAAAUACUUAUUGAAGAACCUACCGUUUUGAAAUAGGUAAAUCCAAAACAGGAAGAGUUUACCCUGCCUAAUUAUGGCUCAGGCAUGGAACUCCUAUUGACCAUUGAUUUUAAAACUUUCGCAGUUCCAUUCAAGUUCGCUUGCAGUUAAUUCCACAUUAAGUUUGAAAAUCUUCAUGAGAGACACGGUUACCUAAUGUAAAAGUCUCUGAGUUUAUUUCCUAGGCGAUACUUUUUACUCUCACGGCCAUUUUCUCCAUCCAGGAGUACGAGAUACCGGCUAAAGGAAUCUUUCGAAAUGGUUGGAAUUUGAAAGAGUUGGGAUGCGGGGAGGGGGAUUUACCUGCCAUGGUCCACAUCCAUUCAGGGGUCGUAGCAAACCUUCUAAUCGCUUCAUACUAUGGGAACCAGAAUAAGCCCGGGACUGUAGGUCCACUUGGCUUUUGCCAAAGGCCACUCUGUGUUAAGUUCAUACACCUUCUUCUGUGUUAAGGUUAUACAUCUUUUUAUGGUAUGUCGGUUAUAACUAGAAGACAAAGAUUCAGUUGCUUUUUUCUCGUUUUCUUGCUAUUUUGACCUGAAGAUAUUUUCUCCUUUAUAGGACGGUGCCAGUAUGGCUUUCUUGGUUGCAUUACCUUUCAUGGUUCAGCUAUGGAUUUGAAGCUAUGCUUGUCAACCAAUGGAAUGGUUAUGGUGAUAAAAGUAAGUUUUUAUUCUAGUGUAACUCUGAGUAUAUGCGAAUAAUCAAUGGCAAUGAAACUUGGCAAUUGUCGACUAACAGUUUUUGUGAACGGCCACAAAAGCUGGAUCUUAUCCCUGUGUCUGAACCAUGGAGCGGUUUUUAUAAUGGCCUCAGAUCAACCGAGGAUCUUGAAUUGUUGUCGCUUACACGAUUUUGAUUCCUACUUUUACAGUUUGUUCUGGGAAAAAUAAUACAGAUUGCAUUGGUGGAGAACAAGUUCUUCAUGACCUCGGCUUAAAGAAGGUUGGUAAAACAUCCACUAAUUAUUUCAUUGCAGUCAUAGAACAAGUUGAAUAAUGGCGACCUUUUCAGUGUAGCUUUGACUCUGCAUAUCAAGUCUGCUUCAAAACCUUCCUUUAAAACGCCACUUUUCUCCAAAAGAAAAUCUCCAUUAUUCGAGAUUUUCUCCUCCAUUAACCCAAGUUUUCCAUGAAUUUUUUUCUUCAAUUGAUUGAACUUAACUAGGAACACUUUCUCGAGUAGAUAUCUGUUUACAAAAUGGUGGUUGUGUAGUUUCAGUCAAGAGAAAAAAAAUGUUUCUUUUCCUCAGAAAAGGAUUUCCACAACGAGUGAAAACACUAUGUCAGUCCUUCGAAUAAAAAGUCCAUAUCACACUCCUGGCUAUAGCACUUAAGAACAAGCUAUAUCUUCCUGGAAUUUAGAAAAGAGGGGGCACGGAAUAUCGUGAAAGCGAAAUCAAAUUUCCCUAUGGAAAUCGUCUGUCAAAUUUUUUGGAAUAUUUUAAUCGUUGUUUACCUUUUUCCACAGGAUAACGAGGUUAUAGACAUCUACGCAUUAUUGGCACUCACCAUAGGAUUCCGUUUCAUUGCGUAUCUAUUUCUCUUGAAAAAAGCUUACAAGAAACCCUAA